AUGAACAAAGGUCUUUCUAGAUGCGGUCUUUUCCUCAAACUCCAUGGCGUGGUCAGGCCGUUGAGCUUGAAGACGGAUGUUAUCAAGAAACGGAACCGCGGCUCCGGAGCGGGCCUCCCCGUUGGAGGCACGGGCACCUACGACACAACCGCAGAGCAAUACUGCCUCGAGAAUGUGCCGAGGGCUUUCCCGGCGCCGCGGCGCAUCGGGUCUACGAGUUGGUCGAUGGCCUCCUCUGUUGCCGGAACCGGUGCCAGACGCCGCAGCGUUCCUUCCUGGGCGACUUGGCCGGUCCGCACUGGGAGUAGGAGGAGCAUCUGCUUCGUCGUCAUCAUCUCGAGGACGGACUUGGGUGUCGAUCUGAGCGCAAUGCGCACGGGUCUGAAUUGGCGCCAGGUCGAGGACAUGAGUUCCGACUGGGACACCGACAAGGAUUCUGGCUAGGAAACGGAACUGCUUCCGUUUGGAGCCAGGAUUGUUGUGGGGACUCAGCAACCCGCAAUCGGUCCACGUCCUUCUUCCCGCCACGAUGUGCCUCGUCACGCGUAUCCUAUACAGCUGCGGCUGCGAGAUU